AUGUGCGUACUCUCCUCCCUCCUUUGUGCGCUCGUCGCCUCCCCGCCCGAGGCUUGCAAGGCGCUCCGCGGCUUCUACGAUGCCAUCGGCGCGAAAGACAAAUCGCCGUCCUUCACGGACAGGAGCUCGACCUGCUGCGCCUUUCUCGAUGUGAGAUGCACGCAGCCGGAUGGCUCACCCAGCCCGCCCCUCGGCCAAAAAGAAGGGUGGAAAGCGGGCGCCAUCCUGACCAAGAUCAAAUUCCGGGGCGGCACCGAGUUUGGCAGUAGCGGCACGCUGCCCGGCGCCCUGCUGCUACCGCUCGCCGGCACACUCGAGUCCCUCGACUUGGGCAAAAGUUCCGCCCACCGCUCGUUCUCGGGCACGCUGCCCGCGGAGCUGGCCCAGCUCACCGCGCUCCAAAAGCUGAGUCUCACCACCGGCAAGUUCAGCGGCACCAUUCCGCACCAGCUCGGCCGGCUUCCCGCGCUGGAGAAGGUGACGCUCCUCUCCAAGCGCCUCUCGGGGACGGUCCCGGGCGAGCUGUGCCACAGGUCGGACGGCUCGCUCAGGAAACUGGUUCUCGACGACAACGUGAAGCUCUCGGGAACGCUGCCGCCCGAGUGCUUCCUCUUGCCCACACUCGAGGAAAUCUCCGCCAAGAAGACGCGCAUCUCCGGCACGAUGCCAUCUCGGGCACGCUGCCAGGGGGGCGUCAACUCGUGCAGCGUCAUGUCGCCUCCACCGCCGCCGCCCGUCGAGGACGCCUACGAUCCCGCUGACAGCGUCGCCUCGUUUGACAGCUGGAGCCUCCCGCAGGAGCUGGUGCUGUUCUUUGUGCUCGCCGCCGUCAGCGCGGCGCUGACGUGGUGGGUCGAGUUUGGGUACGACGACGACGGCGAGGGGAGCGGCUUCGGCUCGAGGGUGGUCGGUGCCAUCAACUCGACGGCGGCGGCGGCGCGUGCCGCGCGCAUUCAGGGGCGCGCGAGAACGGAACCCGCCGUGCGCACGGCAAUCCGCCAACGCGUGGCCUAG